AGAGCGCUUCCUCUCUCCAAAAAUGGAGUCCACGUGGAGUCUAGAAAUCAACGUCGUUUCAGCCAAAGACCUUCCCGAAAUUAACCUCGUUUCUAAGAUGGCCGCGUACGUCGUCGUUUCACUCGCCGGCGGCGGCAACUCCGACCAGAAAUUCAAAACCAAUGCGGAUUCCUCCGGCGGAAUAAACCCCAAUUGGAACUUCCCGAUGAAGUUCAGUGUCAAUGAGCUGGCAUCCACUCUCGUGUUCACUAUUAGGUGCUUCAGAACUCUCGGCGACAGAGACGUGACCUACCCCGUGCGAAAGCCCUCGGGGAAAACCCACGGCCUUUUGAAUUUUCAAUAUAGAGUACUUGGCGCAACGGCGUCGUUUCGCGAUGAAAAGCAAAAGCCCCCCGCCGCUUACGCCACCCGAGGAAUUGGACCGCCACCGGAAGGUUAUCCUCCGCCUCCGCACCCGGCCGCCGGAUACCCCCCUCCGCCGCCGCCGCCGUACAACACUGGCUACGCUCCACCGCCACCCCAGCCUUACGGUUAUCCACAUUAUGGUUACCCGGCGCCGCCGCCGCCGGGGUAUCUACCGGCGGCCGGAGUGGUCGCAAAGAAGGAAACGAAAUCGGGAAUGGGUAAGAUUUUAGCAGUGGGAGCGGGAAUUCUCGGUGGAUUGGCGUGCGGGGCCAUGCUCGGAGAAUGUGCGGCGGAUCUUGGACAACCGCCUUCCCGCGGCAGUUCCUCCGGCAACGGCGGCGUGCACCGUUCAAACUUUUCAUCUAUGGCUUAUAGUCAGAAUACGCUCGGAGGAAUUGGCUGAAAAUUAAUUAAUUUUAAUCUGAUCAUUUUAAUUUCUUCUUGGCAGAUGGGGUUUUUUAUUUUGUGCUUGUUGUCGGGAAUCAGUGAUAUUAAUUAUGUUUUUGGACAAGCUUGAGAUUUAUGUUUGAAUUUUAAAUAUUUG